AUGACCUACAGCUACCUCAUCUCGUUCGUGGAGGCGAUUAACUUUGGCACCUACGUGCUAGGACUUCCAGUCAAGGAUGCUAGUCAGAACCUCAUUUCGAAAUUUGUCCAAGGGGUACUUGACCAAAGGGCCCUCACCAGGCCGAGAAGAAAGCAAGCAAGACCUCUCACUGUGGCUGAGGUCGCAUUCCUGGAAGAACUCUUGAGAGACACAGGAGUUGAUGCUCUAGACAGAUACGCAGCCGGAGUUUUCCUGUUUGCAGUUUUUGGACGUUGCCGUUGGUCUGACUUGCGAAGGGUCAGUCACUACGUCCUUGACAUCAACACCGCAGGCACAAAGACAAUCGGCUACUUGGAGUUCUCAACUUUCUCCCACAAAACCGCAGCGCAAGUAGCGCGCCAUGGAUUGCCUCUACCUCUGGUAGCGCCCAUUUGGGGGUUAACCAACCCUUGCUGGGCGUUGGAAUGGGUGAAAGUUGCAAAAGAAAUUGGGAUAGACUUCAAUGAAACCUUUGAGGGCCCAGUCCUGCCAGCCCCAGACAAGUGUGGAGAGUUGUGCGCACGCAGCGUCACAGCUGCUGAAGCAACGAAAUGGCUGACAGAGCUGCUCAAGCAGAACAAUUCGGAGCUGGAUCAUGUUACGUCACACAGUUUGAAGUGCACAACGCUUUCUUGGCUUGCAAAGGCAGGCACAGAGCCGCACUAUCGUCUCCUCCUUGGCCACCAUAGCACACAGAAAGGAUCGUUAGAGACGUAUUCCCGAGAUGUGCUGUCAGCACCUCUCAGAGCUUUGGAUGAUGUGCUCAGGCAAAUCAGGAUGUGUGCACUACACCCAGACCUAACCAGGUCUGGACACGUCCAAGAGCCAUCACAGCCCGACUGUGCGGAGGAGCAAAGGGAACAAGAUGAAGACUCGUCCUCAUCUUCCAGUGAUGGAGACUCCUCUUCGUCGGACUCGGACAGCUCAUCAGAAGAUCGCCCUAGCGCCACCAGCUGGAGGUUGGUGGCGAGCGACGACCCGAACGUCCAACGUUCAAAGUGGGGCUCUGGAAUCAUGCACCAGCACGUGCUCAGCAAGAUAGUUCAUUUGCAGCAUGAGAAUGACGCAACCACCUUCAAGUGCGGAAUGCGUGCGACCAAAGACCACAAGGUCGUGAAAGCGACGCCCUUUCUCGAAAGCAGAAAGUGUAAGCGGUGCACCAAAGUCAUUGAAGCCUCGUCCUUAAUACAUUCGACUGCAGCUCUUCGUGACCGAGCAGCGAAAGCCGGUUUGAGCAGUGAGGAGACCCAGGCAAUUGUCGAUUCGAAUGUUUUGUCCAUUGCCCAGAUGGCCUUUGCGGUGACCCCGCCGGGGACUUCACCCAAUGAACAACAGGGAUACAAAACAGUUGGAGUACACCGCAGUCCUGACGAAUUUGUUCAAGCAGCCAUCGAAGCCGGCCACCCUGGAAUCGAAACUGACCAGUUGCCAAAGCCCAUGCAAGAAGCAGUUAACUUUGGUGCCGGUAGCACCACAGAAGCCUUAGCUCAACACAGGAAAGAAGAGCUCAUUUGUCUCAUCAAGGAGAUCCUCUCCACCUUGGUCCUAACAAGGGCUGAAGGUUUGGUGCUAGACUCGAAAGGGAAGUGCCUCGAGUUCUUCAGCGAAGAAGCCAGCUGCGACCUGAUCUCAAAGAUCAAACGCGCAGAUCAGGAAACUGUGAUAUUUGAGCUCGAAGGGCUCGCCAUUGCAGUGGCUCUGCGCGUCUUUGCAAAACACAUCAAAGGCAGAAGAGUUGUGGUCUUCACAGACAACAAGAGCGCUCAGUCAUGUCUGAUCAAGUGCAAAUCAGACAACCACCACAUGAACCUCAUGAUAAGGUACAUAUGCUCCGUUGAAGAGCGCCUUGGGCUGAUGACAUGGGUUGAGCGUGUGCCAUCUCAAUCAAAUCCAGCAGAUGAACUCUCACGAAGGUUGACCGCCUCAUAUCGAGGAAUUUCGACCACCAAAGUGGAUUUACUCAAAGUCUGGAAGGAUUGUUUGUCAGAAAGUGAAACAAGUUCGUCUCAAAGCUAG